GUUUGGGCUACCUGUGGUAUAACAGACCAAAAACAAGAUGGCGGAGUGCAUUCCCGCAACAGCAUUUCUUACUUGUUUGAUAUUUGUUCCUUUUAUUGUAGCGUUUUCCUGCUACUUUGUGUACAAAGAGGGGUUUUUUAAGCAGUUGAAAGGCAAGAAGAUUCUAUUUUUCACCGCUCAUCCCGACGACGAAUGCAUGUUUUUUGCGCCUUCCAUUCUAAACUUGUCGAGCGUCAGUGAGGUGUUUCUGCUGUGUUUGACAACGGGUGAUUAUUAUGGACAAGGCGAAACAAGGAAAAAGGAAUUGCAAGAGAGCUGCGCUGUACUCGGGUUGAGCUCUGAUCAUGUCUCCAUUGUCCAGGACAGGAGGCUACCAGAUGAUCCAGAAGUAGAAUGGGACCUCCGUUUAGUGCAAAACCUUUUGCAGAAACAUAUAUCAACUUAUGACAUUGACACAGUGGUUACCUUUGAUGGGUAUGGUAUCUCAGGCCAUAGGAACCAUAUUGCUCUUUACAAGUCACUAAAUACCCUGCCAAAUGGACCUGAGGGUAAAGGUUUACACAUUCCAAUCUACACACUAGAGAGUGUCUCCCUUGUAAGAAAGUAUAUCUCUUUCUUAGAUCUGCCAUGGAGCAUAUUUUCAAGCUGUUUAUUUCUCUGCUCUGUUCAGGAUUAUUUUAAAGCACAGGUGAGUUUGCAUGUUUUUUUUCUUUUUAUUCAGAUCGAACCUUUCCCUUCCUGGUUUCACAUGGUUGUAUAUCAUUUCUCUGCAGAGGGCUAUGGCCACACACUACAGCCAGUAUGUUUGGUUCCGCCGACUCUAUGUAGUAUUCUCAAGAUACAUGGUAAUGAAUACACUUCUAAGAACUCAAGGCUCCAAGCCAAAUAGAGAAUGAUUUAGCCAAGGCUACAAUCAUAAUUUAUUUAUUGAACUAUGUAAUUACUUUCCAAAAGAAAAACGAAUACAUUAUACUUUGACUUUUGUAAUGACUUCAAAGUAUAUGAAGCUGUAAUUGAUAGCAUACAUGGAAAUUAAAUACAGAAGAUUGCA